AUGUUGACCAUAUCAAUGAUCUGUAUAGUCGGUGUUGUGGCAGCGAAUUCGGAAUGUAUUUGGGCGGUUGGUCGACUGAUCUGUAAUAAGGAUCAGAAACGAGUUCUGAACGCUGUGGUUGAGGUAUGGGACAAGGAUGGACCCCAAAAUGAAGCUGGUUUAUGCAAAAUAACACUAUUCAUAAUCUUUUAUAUGGAGUGUUGCAUCGCUGACGCAAUGGAGAUUCACGUUAUCGAUGUCAUUGACCCGGAUGAUAAAGCCGGCCUAACGGUGGUUGAUGCAGAGGAUGGAAUGUUCAAAGUGGAAGGUUGUGCAGCGGAUAUUGAUUGGCUUGGGCCAAUCCACUUGAAUAGACCGGAGUUCUACUUCAAAAUCCGACACAAAUGUAACUCGGACGAGAUAGAGGAAGUGACCGUAUACCCUCCGCAGAUGAAGGUGUUCGCACCAAAUACAAUGGACUAUUUCGUCGAAAAUCCGAUUGUUCUGGAUAGGUCUUGA